UUGUUUGUUCAGAUGCGGUUACUACUGGCUCUAGCCGCAUUCAAUGCGUUGCUCGUUUUGGCAUCAGCUGUGACUUAUGGAAGCUUGGAACCUGUCGUGAGACAUCCUGGAGCAGCGACUUCAAAUAACUCCAUAGUUGAAAAUGGAGGAUAUCACCUGACGCAUCACAAGCCACGCUUCAGUGAUCGAAAUUUUGACUACGACUCACUAGUUGAUGCAGAAACAGAAAAUGCUGAUCGUUUGAAAGAAGAUGACUCUCCACUUCUUCAACAGUCAACAGAAAAAAAGAAUGACGGUGAUUACGAUAAUACUGAGGAAAAUGGAAGCAACUAUGUUGAAAGUAACAAUGAAGAACCUCCUUUAACAACGCGUAGAAAGUGA